AUUGCAUUGAAGUUGGGAGAGGUGCGCAUACACUCUUAAUAUCAUCUUAAUAACGUCUCCACACUGCCGCUGCUGCUUCUGCAACAAGGAACGAUGGAUAGAGGCAAGCCACAAUCUCUGGAGGAGCUCACCAGAAGGCUGCAUGAAAUAUUCGAGAGUAACGACAUCAAUGUGGAGGAGGUGAAGGAGGUCAUGGAGUCGUACAAGAGCACCCGUCAGGACUGGGAGAAAUUUGCCAAGUUUGACAAACUCAGAUACACAAGGAACUUGGUUGAUGAAGGCAACGGGAAGUUCAACCUGAUCAUCUUGUGCUGGGGAGAAGGCCAUGGCAGUAGUAUCCACGACCACUCCAACUCCCACUGCUUCAUGAAGAUGCUGCAAGGCGAGCUCAAGGAGACGCUCUUCGACUGGCCCAAAGAAGAAGGAGGCCAGAUGACCGAGAGGUCACACAGCAUCCUGGAGGAAAACAAAGUCGCUUACAUAAAUGACUCCAUCGGACUGCACCGUGUGGAGAAUGUCAGCCACACCGAGGGCUCAGUCAGUUUGCACCUGUACAGCCCCCCCUUCCAGACCUGUCAGGUCUUUGACCAGCGCACCAGCCACAAAAGCACAGCCCAAAUGACCUUCUGGAGCAAAUAUGGAGAGAGGACUCCACUCACCAGAGGAGCAACAAAGGAGAACAAUUAACGCUUUCCAAAGGAGACUCUGGAUGAUGAAGACGUUUUGCUUUUAAAAAUGCUUAUUUUUCUCUUUUUUUAAAUAUUUUUAGUUGUUGGGUGGUUUUUUUGGGGGGGGAACUGCUGAUAACGACGCAACUUGUUGAAAAAUGCGUGGCUGCAGGCUGGUUCAAAAGGACAGCUGGCUGAUUAGGAUGGCUUUAUAGCUGCUUGGCAAAUAGCAAUGAGCGGCGCAGCAUGAAUAGGCAUUUCUUCUCAGUUGUUGAAGGCUCGAGCUGCAGCAUUUUACUGAGAAAACUGUCUUUUCCAGAGUUUGGUCCUUUUUGAAUGAUAUGUUCCAUAAAUUGAUACAUUUCUCUCGCACUUUUUUUCGUCAUACUGUCUUACUGAUGCCACUCAAAAAUGUCUUAGUGUCUGUUUUAUUUGUAGCUCACUUCACAUUCUGUAGGAGUCUUAUUGAACAAGAGUGGCUGUCGCACUGAAAAAUGAAUGCUUGAUUUCUGUGGUGCAAAAAGAUGAUUACGUGACCACAAUGAAAAAUAAACAGGAUUAUGCUUUAACAGGA